AUGAGAAUCAACAAUAAUAGCCUUGUUUAUGUUUCCAGAAACUCCAGUGGAGAGUUUGUGAGCCUGGAUCCAACUGUCUCUAUUUUGGGAACCAAACUUAAAGUAGUGAAUGGCUGUCAGGAGAUCUUUCAAACAAUGUACAACAUGAAGUUUCUGCCACUUGACAUUCUGGUAAUCAUCAUCUCUCUGCUUGGGCUGGCAGGAAACGGUCUUGUGCUCUGGCUCCUAGGUUUCCAGAUGCAGAGGAAUGCUCUCCAUGUCUACAUCUUUAACUUGGCAGUCUCUGACUUUCUCUUCCUGGCUGUUCAGUUUAUAUUCCACCUGAUGAGACUCACUAGUGACUUAGAAUUGAUCUCCAUCUAUAUCCACAGACUUGUUAUCAUUGUGAAGAAUGUGACCUAUAUCACUGGCCUGAGUUUUCUUAGUUUCAUCAGCACUCAGAGAUGUCUGUCAGUCCUCUGGCCCCUGUGGUACCGCUUCCACCACCCAAAAUACAUGUCAGCAGUCAUAUCUGCCCUGCUCUGGACUUUGUCCCUGCUAUUGACUAUACUGCAUGAGAACUACUGUCACAGCACAUUUGGAAAUUGCGAUAGAAGAUUGUGUCAGCAAAAUGAUACCAUCAUUGCUAUAUGGCUGAUUCUCUUAUUCGUGCUUCUCUUUGGGUUUGGCUUGGUCUUGCUGAUCAAACUGUUUGUGGCUCCCAAAGGAUAA